GUGGCCGGCGAGCGCGGGCCGGCGAUGGCGGACAGCGGGGCGAAGCGGCCCAAGGAGGUGCAGGGCGUGGAGAGGAAGGUGGACUGGCGGCGCUGGAAGCAGGAGCGGAAAGCAGAGAAGAAAAAAUGGAAGGAAAUAAAGCUACUGAAGAAACUGGAAAAGCAGAGGAUGCAGGAGCUCGCAGAGAAACAACAGGCUGAAAAGGAAGAGGAGCAGAAGGAAGAUAAAGGGUGUCACUACACCCUGAGUGUUGCCCUGCCAGGCUCUAUCCUGAACAACGCCCAGUCCCCGGAGCUGCGGACGUACCUUGCUGGACAGAUUGCUCGGGCCUGUGCCAUCUUCUGUGUGGAUGAGAUUGUAGUAUUUGAUGAGCACGGAGAAGAUGUAAAGAGCGUGGAGGGGGAGUUUGAAGGAAUUGGGAAGAGAGGCAAGGCUUGUGUGCAGCUGGCACGGAUCCUGCAGUACUUGGAGUGCCCUCAGUACUUGAGGAAAUCCUUUUUUCCAAAACAUGAGGAUCUACAGUUUGCAGGGCUGCUGAAUCCCCUGGACAGCCCCCACCAUAUGCGGGUGGACGAGGAUUCAGAGUAUCGAGAAGGUGUGGUGUUGGACCGGCCAACCAAGCCAGGCAGAGGCUCUUUUGUCAACUGUGGGAUGAGGAAGGAGGUGCGGAUUGACAGGCAGCUGGAUCCUGGUCUGCGAGUCACCGUGCGCUUGGAAGAACCCCAGAAUCCAGACAGUAAAGUGCGGAAAGGCACCGUGGUGUCCUCACAUCACCCUCGGACAGUGUCAGGCUUGUACUGGGGUUACAGUGUCCGCCUCGCCUCCUGCCUGAGUGCUGUCUUCUCUGAGUGUCCUUUCAAGGAAGGCUACGACCUCUCUAUUGGGACCUCGGAGCGGGGGAGCUCUGUGGACCAGGUCACUCUCCCCUCCUUUAGGCAUGCCCUGGUUGUGUUUGGAGGUCUUCAGGGCUUGGAAGCUGGGGUUGAUGCAGACCCAAACCUGGAGGUCACUGACCCAAGCGUUUUGUUUGACUUCUACCUGAACACUUGUCCUAGCCAAGGCAGCCGAACCAUCAGGACAGAGGAAGCACUGCUGAUCUCUCUGUCUUCGCUGAGACCUCACAUCGACAAGGCUCUAAAGACACCCAGUGACAGCCAAGGGAAGGAGAACCACUGACCUUGCCAUCAGCUGUGGACUGAAGUGCCAGGUACUGGGCAAAUCACUCCAAGAGCCUGGAAGGGCUGAGCUUGGGGAAAGCUAAAGACGCAAUGUGACAAAAGCUGACGGUGCAGCUAGACUAAGUGCUGAUUUGUGCUGGGACCAGCAAGCCUGAGCUCUCCUGCCUGUGUGGUCCAGAUAACGGAACUGGCUGCUGCUUCUCAGCCACAUGGGACAAACCUGGUAACAGACUCAAUUCAGAUGUCUGGGGAAUAAAACAGUAUCAAACCUCA